CUGGCAGGAGCCACAUGGCCAGACAUCCUCAGCGGCCUCUGAGCUGCUUUGAUGAUUUUCUUCUUCUGGGAUUAGCAUCCACGGCAAAGAAGUUGGCUGCCCGCUUGCCACAGGAGACAUGGAAGAGGAACCCCCUGCCAGAGCCAGAUCCGGGGGGCUUCCCCUUCCUGGCUCCAGCCCUGGGUCACCGUGGCUGGCCCCAGUUUGGCCUGAUGACAGGGCUUUCCGAAGGUGUAUUUUUACCCUCUGGACAAAUAGCCUGUUGGGAGGAGUGGGGCCUUUUUAUGAGUUGAGGUACUCAGGGCUGGAAAAUAAACAGGCAGCUAAUGAGACCUUCUGGACACGGGCAUAAAUAAUAACAAAGGAAACAUCUGGCCCUCGGGCCCACACCCCAGCGGAGGGGAUAUAAAAGCUGCCGUCCAGCUGGUGACCGGUCAGACCUGGGGAACUCCGGCUGCGGUCCUGACCUGCGCCCUGACCAGCGGGGACCAUGGGGUGCUGCCCGGGGGACUGCUUCACCUGCUGCGGUGAGGAGCAGGACUGCUGCGAGAUGUGCUGCUGCCAGACCGGCUGCUGCGGCUGCUGCGGGUCCUGCUGCGGCUGCGGGGGCUCGGGCUGCGGAGGCGGCUGCUGCGGGUCCUCCUGCUGCGGCGGGUCUGGCUGCUGCGGAGGCGGCGGCUCCGGCUGCGGCGGCGGCUCCGGCUGCGGGGGCGGCUGCUGCGGGUCCUCCUGCUGCGGGUCCAGCUGCUGCGGCUCCUCGGGGUGCUGCGGCCCUGUGUGCUGCCAGCCCACGCCCGUCUGCGACACGAAAUGAAGAGCUCCCCGUGCCCCCUCCGCGGAGGCCGCCCCACGGGAUGCGUCCACCCAUCUGCUCCGGGCGAGGCCCCUCGUCUCCAGGACCUUCCAGGACAGUGUCUUGCCUCCCGUGGUGGUAUUUGUAGAGGCGGCUUGUUUCUCCGGCGCCCGGCCUGGUCUUUCAAGGCCCUGAGAGCUAGAGCCACGUGCUGGUGAGGAAUUGAAACUGGGUGCCACCCAAAGCGACCCCCGAAGCUGAAAGGGGGCAUCCCCGCGGCUGGCUUGACAUUCACGAAGUUACGUGGUCACCGUGAGCCUCCUCUCAUUCAAGGCGCCCCUGGGACUGACCCCUCCUCGUCAGCUUUCGGAGGCGUUUGAGACGCACAGAUUCCUCUCUGUUAACUUCUUAAUAAAUGCGAGCACGCUGGCAU